AUGCAUUACAAUAAUUUAAAACUUCGAGCACUAAUAUCUUCAGUCGCAGCCGGACUAUUUUCCCAAUUAACUUGGUUAUGGACAAUGAUCGCUUCGAACAGCAUACAUUCCAACAACACUAUACUGCUAUCUAUUGCACCUGAAGCAAGAGUUUUCUCAUUUUUACAGAUUCUUUCCACAUGUUCCGCAUCAAAGGCGCAAAAACGAUAUUCAUAG